AUGGGGUUCCGAAAAGUAUUUGCUAGCAAAUCGCAUCAUAGCCGUCAUCAUCAUCAUCAUCAUCAUCAUAGUCGUCAUAAUCUUAAACUCAAAUGGCAAAAUCAUGGCCAUACACUCAUUUCAAACGUUACAGGAUCCCAUGAAGUAAAAUAUCUAUCGCCGUUUGGGGGUAGUAAUUGUAUAGGUAGUAGAAGACGUGACAAAUUGCAAGUGAAAAUUAGAUCGUUGAGAAACAGGAUUCACAAAAAGCUCCAUCCCACAUGUAUGAUUGAUGAUAUGGCUACGGUAACCAGUGAAAAUGAGUAUGGCUCCUACGGAGAAUCUAAAAAGGAGAACCUCUCUGCAAUUUCGUUAGAAGAGCUUUUCCCAAAGUCCAACCGGUGCCCAAUCCCUGAACAAAACGAAGAAGAAACAAAUAGCGUUAUUCACAGGGAUUUAGGUAGAAUUGGAAACGAGAAUGACUCUCCCCAGUGGGGAAACGCAAGAAAUCGCUACAAUUUCGAGUAUGAUCAAUACGAUGAGGAUGAAAUUGUGGCCAGAAUCAAGUCUGACAUUAGACACACUAAAUUAAAUUCUGUCAAAACAACCAACAGAACAGUGGAAAGAGCGCUGGAAGCCCAAAUGACUGGGAAAAGGGUUCUUCAACAACUAAGUUGUCAGAGUAACCAACUCACUAAGAUUGAGGAUAAUUGUGAUAUACUCAAAAUCCAAUCUAAUGUGGCGGAUCGAAAAAUCGACGAACUCGCCCAUGAAAAUAGAAGCCUGUUUGCAUUAAAGUCGCCCAAUCCGUUUAGAAAGAAAAGAGAAAGGGAAAAACAGAAUCAGAUCAAUAGAUUGAAGACAAAACAGUAUCAACUACAGCAAGAAACUAUGAAGCGAGCCCAAGAGUCUCGAGCAAAUUUGGCUGUAGAUUUAGCCUCCAACUAUGACCGAUACGACCAAGAAGAAGAGAGACAGCGUAUCCUUAAAUACGCUCAAAAGUAUCAGUUUGAACCUGACGAAGAGGACAACAAAAUGGAAAUGGAUUUGUACGGGAACUUGGAACAAAUACAAGCAGUGAGCGGUAACUUAAAAAUAAUGGCUCAGGCAUUUGGCAGAGAGUUCGAAGCACAUAAUUCGAGGAUGUUUGAUAUUGAGAACAAUGUAGAACAAGUGGACGGGGCACUACAAGCCAAACGACACAGAUUAGACAGUAUGUUGGGAAGAAGGGAAUAA